AUGACGAUAUAUAUCGCCUCACUAUUUCUCCCGUACACCGUCAAUUUUCAUCUCCAGGAGUCGCAAGAUCCCCCACUCCGUACCACAGGUUCUGCAUCUUCCAAGGCCCCCGUGGAUACCGUAUCUGCAACCCCCAAUGCGGCCAUCAGCUUGUUUGAACAACAAAAUAAUUCCCGGAAAAUUGGCCUCACCCCCGGAGCUACAACCGAGCACGAACGCAUCUUUUCGUCGAAUCUCAUUCAGGUCGAACAGGAGCAUACCGGGUCCCUGUUUCCGUCACAGGUAGAGGAUACAAAUCUUCUGACGGAGAGUGAAGCCCACUCGCCUGCGUGGGGCUCAACAUUGUCUCUAAAUCAGCCCAGGCCGCGAGCCGUAAGUCCGCCAUCACCGUCAAUUCUCAAACACCAGGAGCCUAUCAUUCCGCUGGCGGAACUCCCCCGCGAGAGGACCCCCAACGAACUACACCCGCCAACUCCUCAUCCCAUCGACACCCCUAGACAAUGCAGAGAAUCGGUCCAGAAGCAUUCCUUUUCCGGUGCACGCUGGACCAUUGAAACGGCCGAGCAGGGCAAUGGCGGAUUGCGCAAUGCAGUACGCUCGGCGACGGAUGCCGGACAGCUAGAGGACCAAGUUUGGGUAGGCACGCUGGGCAUGCCUACCGAUGCAUUAACCCACUACACAAAAGCAGCAAUCGCCAAGACGCUGGAAGACCAAUAUGGAUCGUUGACCGUCUUCGUUAGCGACGGUGACUUUGAUGGCCAUUACACCCAUUUUUGCAAAACCAUUCUCUGGCCGGUAUUCCACUACCAAAUUCCUGAUAAUCCCAAGAGCAAGGCAUAUGAGGAUCAUUCCUGGAUCUACUACGUGAAAACCAACCAGGCAUUUGCCGAGCAGAUCGCACGGAACUGGAAGCGUGGGGACUCAAUAUGGGUCCAGGACUACCACUUACUGUUGGUUCCUGCCAUGCUGCGGAAACUACUUCCAGAUGCCCAGAUCGGCUUCUUUCUUCACAUUGCCUUUCCGUCGUCGGAAGUGUUCCGAUGCCUGGCGCCCCGCAAGGAACUCCUGGAGGGUAUACUGGGCGCAAAUCUAGUGGGCUUCCAGACGGACGAGUAUUGCCGCCAUUUCCUCCAAACAUGUAGUCGCAUUCUCUGUGUGGAAGCCACCAAUGACGGUGUCCAGUUGGAGGACAGAUUUGUCAAUGUGAACAAAUUCCCUAUCGGUAUUGAUCCAACAUCUUGGGAUAGGCGCCGUCAAGCUACCGAUGUUGAACAUUGGAUCAAAACCAUCUCGGAACGAUAUGAGGGGAAACGGCUCAUCGUAUCUCGCGACAAGAUUGACCAAGUCCGGGGGAUCCGGCAAAAACUUUUAAGUUACGAGCUCUUUCUUAAUUCAUAUCCCGAGUGGAGGGACCAGGUCGUAUUGAUUCAGGUGGCCACCAGUACAACCGAGCAGCCAGAGCUAGAAGCAACUAUUUCAGAAAUUGCCAUGCGAAUCAAUUCCACCCACUCAACGCUUGCUCACCAGCCUCUUGUCUUCCUAAAGCAAGACCUAGCCUUCCCGCAGUAUCUUGCGUUGAUCUCUGUUGCAGAUGCACUCAUGAUUACAAGCCUGCGUGAGGGCAUGAACCUAACGAGUCAUGAGUUUGUUUACUGCCAGGAUGGCAAGUAUGGUACAAAGAAAUACGGUUCUCUAAUUCUAAGUGAGUUCACGGGCAGCGCAUCAGUGUUCGGCAAUCACGCUCUUCUGGUCAACCCCUGGAAUUAUAGACAGUGUGCUGAAGCGAUUCACAUAGCUCUCUCCAGGAGUGAAGAAGAGCGGCAGCAGGUGUGGAUGCAGGUACACCGGGCAGUGCUGGAAAAUUCUACAGCGAACUGGGUUAAAUCUUUCAGCGAGACUUUGAACCGUGUCUGGAAUGAGCAGUCGUCCCGCGAAAUCAUGGCCGUUCCACGGCUCUCAAUUAAUAAGCUUGAAGAGGCAUAUCGGCUGUCCUCGCGUCGGCUUAUCAUUGUGGAUUACGAAGGUACUCUGGCUUCUUGGGGUUCCCCGAAAAGCAUCAUCGUUACCACACCCCAGCGGGCAAUUACCACACUGACGGAUCUGACCGACGACCCCAAGAAUGUGGUUUUCGUCAUGAGCUCCAGGAUGCCGGAGGAGAUGGAGCGGCUGUUUCGGAUGGUUGCGGGCCUCGGUCUCAUCGCCGAGAAUGGCUGCUUUGUGCGUGAGCCGGGGACAGAGGAAUGGUUCAAGUUAACUAACAAGGCACGGACCGAUGCGUGGAAGGAGGCGGUCCAUCAGAUCCUUGGCUACUACCAGGAACGAGCGGAGGGCAGUUGGAUCGAGCAGCGCCACUGUUCCCUUAUGUUCCACUAUGGUUCGGCAGAAGACCAGAUAGCUGCUUCCCGGCUGGCAUCAGACUGUGCUGGUCACAUCAAUGACUCUUGCGCCAGUCAAGGGGCUCAUGCUGUCCUGGUCAACGGAGCGCUAGUGGUGGAACCGGCUGAUACAAAUAAGGCCUCGGCAGCAGCCAUGGCCUGGCGACACUACUUGGAGCGGAGUGAACAGGAGACGACGAUCGAGCGACCAGACUUCCUCCUUGCCAUUGGGGAUGGCCGAGAUGACGAGCCUGUGUUCCGGUGGGCUAAUAAACUCGAAAGCGCCAAUGCGGUGAAAUAUGCCAUGACAGUCACCUUGGGAUCUCGGAGUACGGAGGCCAAGGCAACAUUAACACAGGGAGUGAUUGGCGUGCUUUCCUGCCUGGAAAAGUUGGCCACUACAUCCAGUGGAGCGUAA